CGCACGCCUGCGAACACAAUAGCUGAAGCCAUAUGUCUUCCUCGACUGUCUUGUACGCGCUUCUCAGCGUGUUCUUGGUCUCGCGAUACGUCAAGUACCGGAAUGGCUGCAAGUCUGUUGCAGGAAUACCCAUCAUGACAGUCCCCUGCGCACCUUUCUCCCUCUUGGGGUCGCUCCUUCCGACGUCUCGUUUCAACCCGGGCAUGUGUUUCCAAUGGGAAUGGAGGAACUGGAUAUACGAACGAUAUGGCUCUGAGACUGUCGCAAUCGUACCCUUCCUGUUCGGCCGACCCAUCAUCUACACGUCUUCUUUGGAAGUCAGCCGCGAAGUUCUCGAUACCAAGAAUCCGUUCUUGAAGGCUGAGGACGCUACUCAGGCAGUCUUGCAAUACGGCCACAACAUCUUCACAUCUAAUGGUGAUGAGUGGAAGCGUCAUCGACGAAUCCUGGGGCCCGCUUUUACAACCGAAACUUAUAAUAUGGUUUGGGAAGAAACGUCAUCACUGUAUCACGAAAUGUGCUCGGAGGAGGGCUGGGAUGCUAAGAACACUGUCGACCUCCCAGCAGUCAAGGUUUUUACCGACAAGUUCUCAUUGAUCAUUCUGUCGCGGUGUGCCUUCGGAGUGCCACUAGGAUGGAAGCAAGAGAAGCCCAAAGAAGGGGAGAUGGCAUUCGGAGACGCGCUUUUGCAUGUGAUGGACUCGUGCAUCGCGAGGCUUAUCACUCCGCGCUGGAUGUAUUGGCUUCCUGUACCUCAGUUACACCAGAUCGAGAAGGCUCAUAGGACUUUGAGCGACGUCAUGCACAAGCUCAUCCGCGAACAGCGCCAGGCGUUCUCAGCUGAAAAAGACGGAGAAGGUUCGAAGCGACGAGACGUGGUCAGCCUUAUGGUACGCGCUAGGGAGCAGGAAGGGAAGUUCACUAUGUCAGACGAUGAGCUGGUUGGCAACACUUUCUUCCUUCUAUUCGCUGGACAUGAAACGAUGGCGCAUAUAUGGAACUCGACAUUGGGGUUCCUCGCCUUGUACGAAGACAUACAGGUAGACAUGUACAAGGAAAUCCAGGCUGCUGCUCCGGACGACACGCCGAUUACGUUUUCCAUGGCCUCUCAGCUGGAUAAGGUCCUUGCUUGCUUCAUCGAAACUGGGCGACUCUUCUCGCCCGGAUUUGUGCUUGUUCGUGACACGACAGAUAACAUCGUGCUUCCCCACUUUGAGCGCAGCGGUGCGAGGAGCCAGGUGGGCCUGGGCCCAGACGUUCGGGUUGCGGUUGAUGUUGUUGGACUCCAUCAUAACCCACGACACUUCUCUGAGCCGGAAGAGUACCGCCCGUCGCGCUGGUACGGCGUCUCUGAGAGCGACGUGUCUAUUUUCUCCGUCGGACCGCGAGCCUGCACUGGACGCAGAUUCGCCCUGACGGAAGCGUGCUGCUUCUUGGCUCAUCUGCUUCGCGAUUGGCGCGUGGAAAUCAUAGCCAGGCCCGGUGAGAGCAAGACGGAGUGGAGGCAGCGCGUUAUGCGGGCACACACGACGAUGACGAUGGGCGUAGGGGAUGUGCCUGUGAGGCUCAUCAGGCGCGAGAGGCUGUGAGGUUCUGAUCUGACACUGGUGUAUUUAUUUAUUGCUUAUAUCUGUGCCUCCAAUACGAAAACCGUUU